AUGGGUUACCGCUACUCGUUCGUUUACAUUUUGAUCGGUGUCCUGCUGAUCACUGGAAUCAGAGCAGCGCGCAAAUGGGACUACGAACCCAUUUCGAUCACCGGCUACACUUCGGAUGAAAGUUUAAUGAGUUAUAACAUAAGUAUCGAUCGCAUAGGUCGCGGAGAAUACGGAAUAUCAGGCAAUGCCGAUUGGAAGUACGAUGUGACUGAGGAAACCAUGGUGGAGGGCAUUGCCUACCGAAGCUCUUCGGGAGCUGAGAGCGACUACAGGGUGCUCCCUUAUUCGAUCCCCAAGCAAUCCUUUUACGAGUAUCUCAAUACCUACUACAAGGAUGUGAUAAUGAGGAACGUAGCCCACUGUUCUAAUAUACCAACGUUUAAGGACAAAUUCCAACCGCCAUGGCCAAAGAAGAUUUACACCGCUGAAAAAUGCGUUGUUGAUGGCGAGGGACUACCGGAAAUUGUACCGCCAGGAUUCUAUAAGGUUAUAGGUAAUUGCACCGGGCCAGACCAGCCCACAUGGAGCGUAACUAUUGUUUUUAAACUAACCAACAAAAUAUUCUGA